GAAGCAGCCAGGCCCCGGGGCCGCCGAGCUCUGAGGCCGCGCUCGUGCCAUGGCCGCCCGGGGAGGACCGGGCCCCGGCUCCCGGCACCGCGCGCUCUGCGGGCUGCUGCUGCUCUGCCUCUGGCUGCCCGGCGGCCGGCCCGGGGAGCCCGCCGCUCCGUCGUCCGGGGUGGAUAGGCUGCUUCAGGACUUUCGCCGGCAGCUACAGCGGGCACGGCCUCGCGAGGAGCUGGAACCGGAGCUGCUGGGCGGCCCGCGGGAGGAUUGCCCGGGUGCGGGCGGUACGGCGGUCUACCGGGCGGUGCCCGACACCAUCAUCCGCCCGCAGGACUCCAUCGCGGCGGGAGCCAGCUUCCUGCGCGCGCCCGGGACCGUGCGCGGCUGGCGGCAGUGCGUGGCGGCCUGCUGCUCCGAGCCGAGCUGCUCGGUGGCGGUGGUGCAGCUGCCCCGGGGGCCCAGCGUGCCCGCACCCAUGCCCGCGCCCCGCUGCUACUUGUUCAACUGCACGGCGCGCGGCCGCAGCGUCUGCAAGUUCGCGCCGCUCCACGGGUUCCGCACUUACACCCUCAGUCGCGCCGGGGACGCCGCCGGGUUCUCUGCCGGACCAGGUGAGGACGAGCCUCCAGUCAGCAGGGCUGGGAAGGAUGUGAUUUUACAGCUGCCCACAGACGGGGUAGUUCUAGACGGCCGAGAAAGCACAGAUGACCAGGCCAUCGUCCUUUAUGAGUGGACGCUGCAGCAGGGUGACCCGUCCUCAGUGGACAUGAAGGUGCCUCAGCCAGGAACCCUGAGGCUGUCCCGCCUGAAGGAAGGAGCGUACAUCUUCCAGCUGACUGUGACUGACUCUGUGGGUCAGAGAAGCUCCGACAACGUGUCUGUGACUGUGCUUCCCCGGCUCUACUCCAUGGGAGAUGAGGGAUGCUCCAGUGCUUGUUCCCGCUACCAUUUCUUCUGUGACAGUGGCUGCUGCAUUGACAUCGCCUUGGCUUGUGAUGGCGUGAGGCAUUGUCCAGACGCUGAUGAAGCCUUCUGUCAAAACUUGUCUCUUGACCGCAAGUGGGUGACACACACAGUGGCUACUUCUGCCCAGCCAGGAGUCACGGGAUUAAGUGAAGGUGAAGGAGACCCCAGGUUGGGGUCCCAGAGAGCCACUACCCACAGGCAGCCGGCUCCUGCAUCCCGCACAGAGAAGAGGAUACACUCCACCCAGAAGGCGCCGGAGAGUCAGAUCCAUCCUGUCCAGCCAGACAGUAAUUCCUCAGGAAAGAACCAAGAAGAAGGAAAUUACUUUCUCAAGUCCAAGAGUGGCAAAGCGCGAGCGGAGCACCCUGCCCCGGAAGCAGGUCAGUGGAUACCGUGGAGACACUACAGAGUUGACCCGAGCACAACGUUGUUCCUCUCCAUUUCAUAGCUGGACAACACCAAAAUACAAAUUAUAAACAACUGAUGUCUGAGCACAGAUACAGCUGUCAAGCACCUGUCUGCAUGCCCUGCAGCCUGCUGGCCUAUUGCACUGGGCUUGUCUCAGAGUGUUAGAUAAGACUCCCUGUCACUCGUCAACUGUGGAGCUGUGGCCACGUAUCUCUGGAGACUCAGUUCUUUUUUUAAGAAAUUAUUAUUAUUAUUAUUGAUUUGUUUUAUGUAUAUGAGUACACUGUUGCUGUCUUCAGACACACCAGAAGUUGGCAUCGGAUCCCAUUCCUGAUGGUUCUUGGAAAGCCUACUCUCUCAUUCCUUCCAGUUUCUGGGGCUCGAGGGGUUUCUGAGCUCAUGGUGGCUGUAACUUUAACCUUUGUACAUCUCUGCUUCCAGGGUGACCUGGGUGUGCAGAGCCCUAAUCAUCAACCAAUCCACUGCUGCGCUGACAGAGUUGGCACUUUUCCAGAAAUAGGGUGGAAACGGGAUCAAUGAGCCACCCACCUCACACACAUUCAUUAAAACUAGCAGGGCCUUUCAAGAGCUGUGCUGACUCAGGAAGUGGGACAGGGUAACUUUAUUAAAAACCACAGCUUAACAGGUGUGCCUUUUCCUGUGUGUGGUUUGAUUCACUGUGGCGAUGCUACAGAGGGCUGCAGAGCACAGUGACUCUUUCUGCCAGUGACCUGGAGGAAGGUCUGUACCCACAGAACUCCCAACUCCUACCCACUCGGUAACCAC